UAAAGGUCUUAGGUCAUGAGAGCAUUAAAAGAUGAGCCAAUCAGAAUUCUUCAGUUAUCACGGGCAAAGUUCAUAGUUCAGUCACUUUCCAAGAUGGCAGCGCCCUUACGGUUUGACGGGAAAGUGGUCCUAGUGACAGGUGCCGGGAAUGGUCUGGGGAAGCAGUAUGCCUUGGACUUCGCAGAACGUGGUGCUUCAGUCAUUGUGAAUGAUCUUGGCGGAAACUUCAAAGGUGAAGGUUCAGGAACAAGAGCUGCUGAUGUCGUUGUAAAUGAAAUCAAGGCAAAGGGUGGAAAGGCUGUCGCUAAUUACAAUUCUGUUGAAGAAGGAGAGAAACUAGUGCAGACUGCGUUAGAAAACUUUGGAAGGAUAGAUAUUGUUGUCAACAAUGCUGGUAUCCUGCGGGACAGAUCCUUUGCGCGGAUCAGUGACACAGACUGGGACCUUAUCCAGAAGGUUCAUUUGCGAGGCGCAUUCCAGGUUAGCAGAGCUGCAUGGCCAUACAUGAAAAAACAAAACUAUGGCAGAAUUAUCAAUGUGACGUCAGCAGCUGGUAUUUAUGGAAACUUUGGACAGGCCAACUACAGUGCCGCCAAACUGGGAGUGCUGGGUCUAUCUAACACCCUGGCUAUAGAGGGAAAAAAGAAUAACAUCAAAUGUAACACCAUCGCCCCGAUAGCUGGCUCUCGUAUGACAGAAACAGUCAUGCCUCCAGAUAUGGUGGCUGCCCUGAAACCAGAAUUUGUGUCCCCCUUGGUGCUGUAUCUGUCACAUGAGGAUAGUGAGGAGAGUGGUUCUCUGUUUGAGGUCGGAGCUGGAUGGAUAGGAAAAUUGCGUUGGGAAAGAACAAAGGGUGUAGUUUGUCGUUCAAAGAACUCGUCCAUGACACCUGAAGCUGUGAGAGAUAAUUGGGAUGCUAUCACAGACUUUACUGAUUCUACCUACCCCAGCUCAAGUCAAGAGUCAUCUGCUAUAAUGAUGGAUGUACUAAGAAAUGUGGAGCAGAGCCCUGCCAAGCCUUCCUCUAGAUCAGCAUCCUCUAGCAGUGGCCCAGAUGUUGAGGCAGCGAAAGCAUACAACCCAAAACCAAUCAAAUUCACCUACUCCGCUCGUGAUGUAAUGCUGUAUGCUCUUGGAGUUGGAUCCUCAACUCGUGCACCAGACUACCUGAAAUUCUUAUAUGAGGGAUCUGAGGACUUUGGAGUACUUCCCAGCUUUGCGGUCAUCCCAGCACAGAUGGGAAUGGAGAAUGUGAUAACGUCGGGAAUCCCUGGAAUGUCUAUAAACCCAGCCAAGAUUCUACAUGGUGAGCAGUAUGUUGAGUUGUACAAGCCUAUGCCAACCAGUGGAACCCUGACAUCAAAAGUCAGCAUUGCAGACAUCCUCGACAAAGGGUCUGGAGCUGUAAUCCUCAUCAACAUCGAUACCUUUGAUGAGAAAAAAGAGAAAGUAUGUUUCAACCAGUUUAACAUAUUUGCUGUUGGGUAUGGAAAGUUUGGUGGAAGCAGAAAUUCCGAGGCUGCUAAAGCUCCUGGCAAAAUGCCAUCACGGAAACCAGACUCAUUUCUGGUGGAGAAGACCAGUGUGGAUCAGGCAGCCCUGUAUCGACUGUGUGGAGACAGAAACCCCCUUCAUAUUGACCCCAGCUUCGCUGCAAUGGGAGGAUUCAACAAACCAAUUUUGCAUGGUCUGUGUAGUUUUGGCCACGCUACUCGCCAUGUGCUCAAGCAAUAUGGCAACAAUGAUGUCACAAAGGUCAAGGCCAUUAAGGUGAGAUUUGCCAAACCAGUACUACCAGGCCAGACAAUUCAUACUGACAUGUGGAAGGAGGGCAACAGGGUCAUGUUCCAGUGUAAGGUAGCCGAGUCUGGAGACGUCUGUCUUUCAGGAGGAUACGUAGAUUUCCAUGCAGCACCAGCAGCCUCCGCCUCGACAGCAGCUCCCCAGUCUUCAGCCUUGAAGUGUGACCUUAUCUUUGAGGAGCUCGGUCGUCGUGCCAAAGAUGAUCCUGCCAUAGCGAAGAAGAUUAACAGCGUGUUCCAGUUCAACAUUACCCAGGGAGGGAAAACUGCUGCUGUUUGGACUACUGACAUGAAAACUCCCGGUGGAGCAAUCUACAAAGGGGAUCCUAAACAAGGCAAGGCUGAUUGUACUCUCACGAUAUCGGACGAUAACUUCGGGGACAUGGUCACUGGGAAGCUCAACGGACAGCAGGCCUUCAUGAAAGGACUGCUGAAAGUACAGGGCAACCUGAUGUUGGCUCAGAAACUGGGAGAAUUAUUCCAAGCGAAAUCCAGUCUUUGAAGAAAUUCACCUAAAAAUUACAAACUAACUUAUUCUUUAUAGUCAAUUUCAUUUGAAAACAAUUGUGUAGUUCUCUUUGGAUCAUAAAACAAUUUCCUAGUGCUAUUUUAAUCAGAACAAAAACGGAGGAAUCUUCAGUCCCAGUGAUAUUGAACAAAGAGUAUUUGAAAGCAUUUGGGGAAUCCGAGGUGAAGUGGAAAUUAGACAGAUUUGAAGGUGAUUGAAAUGAAAUAUUUGAGCCACAGAAGAUAAUCUAAGACU